AUGUCGAACGAAGAGUACUGGUGGGAUCUUCCACUAGUUUUCUGCUCGGACAACGCAAUGGACGAUAUUUCCAUCCGCUCGAUGCUGGAACGCGCCGUCAAAGAUCAGAACACUGACAAGGACAUCGACACCGACGCAGACUUUAUGGAUUUGACCUCGGUGGAUUUCAAGAAGGAUGACCAGUUUGACUGGACUGUGAAGGUUCCUUCGGAUGGCAAGGUACGCGUCAUCCUGGUCAACAACCCUCCGGACAAUUGGGACAUACCGCAAUUCGAGAAUUACUUCCUCACCGAGUGGGCGAGCGCAGGGGAUCCGGGCAAGGUCUACCUAGCGCUACUACCUCCUCCCGCGCCCGCGUCGAUGUCACUCGAGGAAUUCUGGGCAGAUCAGGUGCUCCCCCAUGACUGCGAAGCAGACGACCUUGGGGAUGUCAGACUCUUCACGCGCCAUGGUUGGGUCGUCAUGAAAUUGUGGUGGGUAGAGAAAUACGUCCGUUCCAUCGGCAUGGACGUCUUCAAUCCCGACGAAGAGAUGGGAGAGGUUAUCACCAAAUAUCGAUCCGAGCCUUCAGCAUCCGUUCUUCCAUUUCUGACCGAUUGA